AUGGAUAAAAACGAGAGGGGGUUUUCAAGGGUUUUUAGGAGAGAUUAUUAUGACCGAUGCGACUUUGGUGACUGCUACUCUAGCUGGGACAACUGGGGACGAUGGGUAGCUUUAACUGUUAUCGUUGUAUUCUUCUUCCUCGUCGUCGCUUGUUGCGGACUAAUAACCUCUCGCCGCCGCCGCCGCGCGGGCAUGCAACCAGUCUAUGGCACCGCAUGGAUGGCCCCACCAAAAUACACUCCGCACGACGUCCACCAGUUUCAGACCUACCCACCGCAACACUACCCCCCUCAGCAACCAGGCCCUUACGCACAAUACUACGCACCCACACACCCAGCGCCGGCAUACUCCCCCGGCCAGCAGAACCACGAUCCCGGUGCUCCGGGACAUGCUGGUGGGAAUUAUCAUGCUGCUGGUGUGGAAGAUCCUCAGGGACAGCAAAGGCAGUAUUUCUCACCGCCACCAGUGCCGCUGGGAAGUCCCGAGCCGGCCGCGCAUGCUCCCGUUAAUGGACAUCAAACUGGGGAAACGGUGUUCACACAUUCUACGGGCAGCAAUAACCCGUAUAGUGCCCCGCCGAGCGGGAUGCCGCAGGCGCACGUUGAGGGGAAGGUGUGAUGCUAUAUACACCAUAUAAGGAAGGGGCUUUUCUGAGGACUUUUUUUUCGUUUUUCAUUGUUAUUCCUUUGUUUGGGCUGGGUU